AUCAACUAUCAACUAUCAUUAUUGUACUUGAUCAGAUUACUAAUUUUUUUUUUAUUUUCAUUCAAUAAUUAUCAAAAUUUCCAUUUUUUUUAAAAAAAAUGAGUAAUAUUAAAUUUCGAUUAAUUGUACAUCGAUCAUUAUCAUCCAUCUCGAUGAAUAAUAAUCGUAAUUUUCGCAUUCCAAUGCAUUUAUUUACAUAUAAAAAAACUAAUAAUAGCCAUCUUUUCCUUAUACAACAACAACAACAGACCAAACGAUUUGCUGGUCAUGCACAUUGGCAAAAUGUAAAACAUAUUAAAGAAUCUGGUGAUCGUGAAAAAUCACAGACUGCAUUAUAUUAUGUGAAAGCUGUACAAAAAGCAAUUAAAUUAGGUGGAGGAAUACGUGAUCCGAAAAUCAAUACCAAAUUAGCUGCUGUAUUAGCUGAAGCUAAAUCAAAAUCAGUGCCAUAUUCUACUUUAGAAAAACAAUUAAAUGCAAUUGAUCAAAUUGAACCGUAUGCUAUUGAAUUGAGAGCACCAGGUGGAUUAUUUGUCAUUGUAGAAAGUCGAGCGAAACGUGUUCUUCAUGAACGUCAACAUAUUGGUGCUUUUGUAAAAAAAUAUGGUUGUACUGUUGUUCCGUCAGGUGAUAUAAUUGGCAAAUUUUUCGAUUAUACUGGCAUAAUCACUGUUUCAGCUAAAUCUAGUGAACGUUUAAUCGAUUUAGAUGCUGCAAUUAAUUUAGGCAUUGAAAUUGGUGCUAAAGAAGUGAAAUUUAUCAAUUCUGGUGAAGAUGAAACAUAUCAAUUUCAUUGUGAAGUAAAUGAAAUUGACAAUUUACGUCAAUCACUUGAAAAUACAUAUAAAAUUCCCGUCUUAAAUACAGAAUCUAUUUAUUCACCAAAAGUUACUGUACCUGUUCGUCCAGAAGUACGUCAAACAUUAGAUGAAAUGUAUGGCAAAAUUAAACUUUAUCAUGAAUAUGUUGAUCGAAUAUUUGAUAAUACAACUAUUGAAAAUACCAAAUAGAAAGAUUAUUGUAUAUUGUACGCUUAUUUCAAAAAACAAUACCACAAGCAAGCUACAUUCAACUCUAUUUUAUUUCUGUGCAUAAAACUUUCAUAUUGAUUUUCUUGGUGCUGCUAAACACUCUUCCCUUUACUGAACUCGUCCUUCUAUUUCUAGUGAUCUAUUUGAAAAGUUGACUUUCCACUCUGUCUCUCUGUCUCCCUCUUAUUUUAAACUAGACAUGACCUUGAUCUUUUUUUUUCGGUACCGCGAUUAUGAAUAUUGAACUACUAUUCAAUGGAAUUGGACAUUGACAGAAAAAACAUGUGCUCUAUUCCAAUGUAUUAUAUAGUCAAUACAAGAUGUGUGAUGUGUUUUGUUUUUUUAAAAAUUUAAAAUUCAUUAAGUUGGCUAUUUCAUGAGAAUAAAAAAUUCGAAUUGUUAGUAGAA